GGCUCUGAGAUCUUCACUUGCUCGGAGCUGCCAUCCCAUCCGGGACGGCUCUCAGCGGUCCCUAGCCGGAAGCGCACCCUACUCCCGCCCCCCCGCCGGCGGAUCCGGAAGUGGGGGUCGGCAGCCGCGCGCCGCCCUCCGCGGGCCCCGGGCAUGAUGCUUGCUGGCGCCCGCAGCCACCUCCCGGCCUCGGUAGCACCCGCCGCGGUCCUGGCUGCGGCGCUGCUCUCGUCGUUCGCGCGCUGCUCUCUCCCGGGGCGCAGCGACCCCGCGGCUUCCGUGCUCAGUCCCUACUUCGGCACGAAGACUCGCUACGAAGAUGUCAACCCCUGGCUGCUGGGCGACCCGGUGGCGCCGCGGCGGGACCCGGAGCUGCUGGCGGGGACCUGCACCCCGGUGCAGCUGGUCGCCCUCAUCCGUCACGGCACCCGCUACCCUACGACCAAGCAGAUCCGCAAGCUGAGGCAGCUGCAGGGGGUGCUGCAGACCCGCGGACCCGGGGACCGCGGCAGCGGAGUGGCCGCCGCGCUGCAAGAGUGGCCGCUGUGGUACGAUGACUGGAUGGACGGGCAGCUGGUGGAGAAGGGGCGGCACGACAUGCGACGGCUGGCACUGCGCCUGGCCGCCCUCUUCCCAGACCUCUUCAGCCGGGAGAACUACGGCCGCCUGCGGCUGGUCACCAGCUCCAAGCACCGCUGUGUGGACAGCAGCGCCGCCUUCCUCCAAGGGCUUUGGCAACACUACCACCCAGGACUGCCACUGCCGGACGUCUCAGAUAUGGAGUGUGACCCUCCAAGAAUUAAUGACAAACUAAUGAGGUUCUUUGAUCAUUGUGAGAAGUUUUUAACUGAGGUGGAAAGAAAUGAUUCAGCUCUUUAUCAUGUGGAAGCCUUCAAAACUGGACCUGAAAUGCAGACGCUUUUAAACAAAGUUGCGACUACUUUGCAAGUGCCAGUGAGCAGUUUAAAUGCAGACUUAAUUCAGGUAGCUUUUUUCACCUGUUCAUUUGACCUGGCAAUUAAAGGUGUCCACUCUCCCUGGUGUGAUGUGUUUGAUGUAGAGGAUGCAAAGGUCCUGGAAUAUUUAAACGAUCUAAAACAGUAUUGGAAACGAAGUUAUGGCUAUACCAUUAACAGCCGAUCAAGCUGCACCCUGUUUCAGGAUAUCUUUCUACACCUGGACAAGGCAGUGGAGCAGAAGCAAAGGUCUCAGCCGGUUUCUUCUCCAGUCAUCCUCCAGUUUGGUCAUGCAGAGACCCUCCUGCCCCUGCUCUCCCUCAUGGGCUACUUCAAAGACAAGGAGCCCCUGACAGCGCAUAAUUUUAAGGAGCAAGUCCAUCGCCAGUUCCGAAGUGGUCGCAUCGUACCCUAUGCCGCAAACCUAAUAUUUGUGCUUUACCAUUGUGAAAAUGCGAAGACCCCUCAAGAAGAAUUCCAAGUACAGAUGCUGCUGAACGAAAAAGUGUUACCAUUGGCCCACUCACAAGAAACCGUUACUUUGUAUGAGGAUCUGAAGAACCACUACAAGGACAUUCUUCAGAGUUGUCAGACCAGUAAAGAAUGUCACCUAUCCAAGGUGAACAUCACAUCUGAUGAGCUCUGAGAGCCUGGGGACAGUCUCACUUCCACAGUGCUUUCCUGAGGGGUGGUUGUGUUUGCAAUAGGUAGGCAACUUCUUGAUUGAAAAAGCUUUCAAGGCCUUGGUGUGAUGAUGUACAACUUUAAUUCUAGCACUCUGGAGGUAGGCAAGAGGAUCUCUGUAAGUUCAA